AGCAUCCUUUCACGAUCGAAAUUGAUGAUUUUGAUCCCUUGUCGCCAUUGGCCAAAGAGUUUUGUGCGCUUGUUGAUAAUGGGAUGGAUACGAGGCGAAAGUAUCUUAACUUUCUUUAAGCUUUCAUGUUUUGAUUUUAUACUUGUCAAUGAAGGUAGUUCUGAUUACUUUUUAUUUUUUGUGAUUUGAAGUGCCAAAAAUAUUUAUACCGAUGAAGUAAAUAAGCUUGCGGAAGCUUUUACUUUUGGCUCGUGUCAUGUGACCACAAAGGACUGGUUCCACUCACUUGCGUAUUGUGGUCGACCUUUGAUUGACACGCACUUGGAUGUCCUCUUUUAUUAUUUGAGGAAGAGGGGAAAAUAUGGGCCGAAUGUUGCCAUGCGGUUUACUACAACCGACUUUGCCUUUGGUAACAAAAUCAACUCCCUGUAUAAAGAUUUCAAAGUGAAUCAAGAUCCUUCAGUGAUUCCUGAAGGGCAUGAGAUAGAAGAGUACAUUAGAGGAUAUUAUUGUGAUGCAAAUGUACCGUGGCACACUGUUGACCACGUCUUAUUCCCUAUCUAUGUGAAGUGCGGAAGAGCAAAAUUGGGCCAUUGGGUUUUGGGGUUGUUUACAUUCAUAGAUAGGUGCAUCCACAUCUAUGACUCUAACCGUGGAGCUAUUAAUGAUAGACUUGCUUUGGAUCCUGCAUUACCUUAUGCAAAUUUGAUACCUUACUUCUUGAAGAGUUCUGAUUUUUAUGUCGAGAAGAAGGGCAUUGAUUGGAACAAUGGUGCAUAUACCGAUAAAUCCCAUUCUGAUGCUUUGCAGAUUAAUCUGGUUAAUAAUGUGCCACAACAGAUCAAAUGUGAUUGUGGUGCUUUUGUUGUUGGCUUUGCUGAGUAUUUCAUCCUUGGUAAGGAAAUUCGAAAAGAUAAUUUUGACAUUGAGACACUUCGCACCAUGUGGGGAUCUCUGUUGUGGGAUUAUGGAAGGAAAAAACAACAGUCCGGUGCAAUUAGUGGUGAUGAAAUCACAGGGAGACUUUUCAGGAAGAGGAAGAGGGGACGACCGAGAAAGUAGUUCUGUUUUUUCCAUUUUAAUAUAGUUUUGCUAUGUAUCAGGAGUUGUUGCCUAGUUUUGUCUAAGUACUAUUCUGCUACUUGUGAGAUAACCUUAACGGAUAUUAUAGAUAUUUUUAUUUUUGUGUAAUUUGUGGUAGUCAUUACACAUUGUAGCUGUGAAUGAAUUACAUUUUAAUGAA